UAUCAUCACCAGGGUGACCGUCCUCGUCGACAUUCCCUACUACAACAUCUCUUGUUGACAUUUCGUCAUCAGCGUUUUUUUAAAAAUUUUCUGUUGUUGCCUUUUGCAUCACUCACAUCCUUCUCAACUCACAUCAACACAUACACACAACACAUAUCACAAUGGGCCUACUAUCAACAACGAGCAUGAGCCUCACUGAGCUCAAUGCAAAGGCUCUCGACAACUUUGUCUACAGCAAGGUCGACAGGGAAAUGAUCAGGUUUUUGGCUACCGCCGCCAGCGAAGUUAUCCAAUGCGAUCCCACCAUGAUGCCAUCACCAACAGUCGAGGCCUCUUCAGGAAGGGAACAGCAACCUACCGCGCCACCAAAGGUUGUCAAGUGUGAAGAUGGCGGACUACCUACCCUCGAGGCCUUCAUCAGCCAGCUUGUCGUCAGCUCCAACGUCCAGGUCCCCACUCUCAUGUCGACUCUGGUCUACCUCAGACGUCUAAAGUCCCGCCUUCAACCCAACGCCAAGGGCCUCCGUUGCACCACCCACCGCAUCUUCCUCGCUGCUCUCAUCUUGGCCGCCAAGUACCUCAACGACAGCAGUCCCAAGAACAAGCACUGGGCCAGCUACACCAACAUGUCGAGCUCCGCCUACAACUUUGGCUUCAGCCGCACCGAGGUCAACCUGAUGGAGAAGCAGCUCCUCUGCCUUUUGGAUUGGGAAUUGCGCAUCACCGAGGAGGAUCUCUACCGCGAACUGGACUACUUCCUGGCCCCCAUCCGCCGUGACAUCGAGGUCCGGCACGCCCGUCGCAUGCGCGAGAAGGCCGAGAAGCGCCAGCGCCAGUUGGAGGAGGAGGCCUGGGUCCAGGUUGCCGCCGCCGCCGCCGCUACCCAGCACGUCCAGCAGCAGCAACAGCAACAGCCUACUUACAUCUCUCCUCCCUCAUCCCGUGGCAGCUCCCGCUCGCGCGGCGGUUACGCCUCUCGCGACACCUCGCCACCCGGUCUUUCCAGCUCCGCAUCUUCCUACACCAGCUCCACCAACGGCAGCCGCUCGACGACUCCCGACAGCGAACUGGACCUUCCUCACUCUUACGUUGCCAUCAACGGCGACGAUUACUACCAAUCUGCUACUAUCCCGCCUUGCGUUCCGGAGAAGGAUGCCGCGGCCGUGUAUUUCAGCAACACGCGCGGCGCCGUCUCCUCCGCUGCCGGCAACAAGCGCGGUGUUCUCCCCUACGAGAUCACUGCUGAGGACCUCGAGGAUGGCAGCAGGGUGAAGCGCAUGCGCGGCAUGUUUGGGCGCGUGUUUGGCGCUAACGCUGAUCGGAAUGGUAUUCCGGUCAGGUAAUUCGACCUGUUGGACUGACAAGGUCAUGUUUUUUGCUUUUUGUUUCCUGUUUGUCUCAUCACUCGUCACUACCUUAUGCAUUGCAUCGAAAUGCAUUGACUGCAUUCAUAUCGGCGUUUUUUUACUCUUUGGGAAAGGGUGGUUUUGGUUUUUUGCUUUAGACCUUUUUCACACCAAAAAGCGAGGUGUUCACUGGCUGGCGAAGUUCUACAUCAGCAUCAUUGUCAUCAUCAUCAUCAUCAUCAUCAUCAUCAUCAUCACAGCAUUUUCAUACAGGGGUGGUUGGUGGUUGUUUGUAUCGAUC